UUGAACGAAGUCGUAUUAUAUUGAAAUUGAAAUGAAGCAAAGUCAAGAGCUCAAAUAGGAAGGAUUGUUGGAGACAUCGUGGCAUUACUUGGGAGGUGCCGUUGGAAAGGGUACUGUUUUUUUUUUUUUCGUAAUCAUUUGGAUGGACAAGAGACGGCAUUGGCUUGGAGACUAGUUUAGUAGUACUUGGAUCGGAUAUUUAUUUGUGCUUGUUCGUUCAUCUAUCAAAUCAUAAUUGGUUUGAGUUGAAGUGUUCUAUCAAGAUCGAUUGUAUAGAAAUCUUUUCUUCCCGGAGUUCCAUCCUCGGUCUUCUGUCUAUUGUCUGUUGUCUUUUGUCUGGAUUGAAUAUAUCUUGCGUCCAAUCGCUCAUUAGAUUGGACAAAAGACCUGCAAUGGCCAGCAAUCGGAGCAGAAACCGGACCCAAGGUAGAUCGCACACCAUUAAGGUACAUGAUCACGACGUACUGAGCGGAAGGGGUGUAAAUAUUGCGCAGCAUCCUGGGAAUGAAAGAUUCCGAUCAUUGAUCAACGCAAGCCGCGAUGAAAAGUAUUGUUCCGACUUUACAACCGAGGAGAAGAAAGCCCUCGCGCAGGAAGUGAUUGAUCAUAUUGAGUCACUUGAUCCACCCGGUCGCUUCCUCAAAAGAGAAGGAGUCUCGCAGAGCUCCCGUGGAUUGGAAGGACCAUGGGAAGAACUCACGAAGAAGGAAGCUUCUAAGAAAGCAACACAGGCGCUUCGUGACUGCAACCGCCCCGAUCGAACCGGAUACGCGGCCCAGGUGAAGGCUCCACCAGAUGUAAAAGUGACAGCCGAAGAGCGGAGGAGAUCAGGAAUAUCUCUGAAGGAUCACGCGGCUGCAAAAGUAGAAGAGCGAUCGAAGCAACCAAAAAGAAACAAGAAUAGCAGUAGCAGUGACAACAGGAAGAAUCCCCCGUCGUCUGUGACUGCUGCGUCUCGAAAGAGCACCAAGCGAUCUAUCCGGGGAUCAUCACCUGCCAACAAUUAUAAGAAGCAUCGACUAGAAGAAACCCCAUUGUCGUUCCUACAAGAGGGCCCAUUUGGGGCCCAACCAGAACUCUCUGAUUCUGUUCCUUUCAAUGAGGCAACGUCGUCUACUGCCUUUGCCGAGACAUCCGUCGGAGCCACUCCAGGUCCCCCUCACGAAACUUCUGUGCCGGUAACCGAAACUCCCGUUCAAUACCGUCCAACAUUCAAUCAACGAGAACCCCAAGACUAUGGAUUUCAUCACCAGAGUCACUACCAGAACCAACAACAGCAGCAUCUUCAUCCAUAUUCGAGAUCAUUACCUGUACCUAUAAUGCCUAACUCAUCUGCCUCGUAUCUCCCUGUUGAUACCGGCCACCAUCAGUUUCAAUCUCAAGAGUCCAACGAAGGGGAUUCUGUCCCCUACAGGGCGCCUUACUCUCCAUUGGUGCGCAACAGUCCUCCACGACACGGCAAUGGCCAUAGCGAAGACGUAUUGCGUCUUCCGAUGGAUUUCCGACAAACUCUUUUUGAUGGGGAAGAAGACGAUUUUGAAUCCAUGGCCGCAAAUGCAGCUGCUGGGCUUCCUCAUGGACACAACGAAGGCGGGUUUGAUAUGAUGCACCACGAUGCCCAUCACCUGGACGAAACCAACGAGAACAUAUCAAACGGGAACGUCGCGAACGCGAGCAACCAGCUGAUCCUACCCUGGCCUAGUCCAGAACAAAAAUAAACAAAAUUGCACACUUAGAAGGCAUGAAAAAAUAAGAGAUACUUGAUCUGUGAGGACUAUUUACUUGGGGAAAAAACACAAGGUCCACACCGAAGCAUCCUACCAACAUCACCACAUUACCACGGCUCAGAAUCAAUUUUACGCAAACUUGCAACAGUCCGAGCGAGGACCAAGUCGUAGAUACUUUCACUCGCCAUCUCUGUGCUUUCAAGGCGCUGUAUGGACUACGCACCAAAUGUGGAUUUCAACACGAAAUACUUCUAUUCUAGGCCGUCUGUUUCGCAUCGUUUUUGGAAAGCGGUGCCAAACGGCGAAAAUAAUACAGGAAUAUACUUCAUUGAAAGGAUAACACUAGAAUAAACAUGAAACUAUAUU